AUGAACCGCUUCCCCACCGGCACCGUCGCUGUUAUUACCCUGCCUGAAGGAAAGGGACCAGGCGAGCGCUCAAACACUAACUGCGUCUUUCGGAGGGGAACCUUUCUCCCCCGCAUCACAGCACAGAUUGUGCGCAUGUGGAAGAUGGAGGCCACGCCAUGCUGCAGCAGCAGAGCAGAAGCUAGCACCAGUGUGGACCACUCGUCCUGCACCAGCACCAGUGUGGACCACUCGUCCUGCACCAGCACCAGUGUGGACCACUCGUCCUGCACCAGCACCAGUGUGGCCCACUCGUCCUGCACCAGCACCAGUGUGGCCCACUCGUCCUGCACCAGCACCAGUGUGGCCCACUCGUCCUGCACCAGCACCAGUGUGGCCCACUCGUCCUGCACCAGCCCCAGUGUGGCCCACUCGUCCUGCACCAGCCCCAGUGUGGCCCACACGUCCUGCACCAGUGUGGAGCAGUGA